AUGAUCUUGUAUGCUCUCAUAGACGAUCAGAGCAACCGGUCCUUAGCAACACCCACGUUGUUAGAUAACUUCAAGGAAACGUGCAGUUUUGAAAGGUGUGAAUACAACCUGUCUGUAAAAGAAACCAUCAGGACUGACAAGCUGUUCCAGAAAACAAAGAACGAUGAGGAAGUAGGUUGGUCCAUAGAGGACAGACAAUUCAUCGAGUUGAUGGAUAAGGAGUGCUAUCGAGAUGGUCCCAACUUAACUAACGACCUCCUUCGCAUACUUUGGCGCUUCAGAGAAAACAAGUUCGCAGCAGCUGCAGAUAUAGAACAAAUGUUCUACUCGUUUCAUGUGAAGGAGGAACAUCGGGAAUUCUUACGCUUCCUUUGGUAUCGGAACAACGACACUAAUAUGGAGCUGAUAGAGUGUCGGAUGAAGGCUCGUGUCUUCGGCAACAGUCCUUCUCCAGCUGUCGCAGCCUAUGGCCUAAGGAAGAGCGUAGAAAGUGAUGAUGUUGAUACAGAUGUGAAAGACUUCGUGAACCGAAACUUCUAUGUUGAUGACGGAUUGAUAUCCUCAACUUCAGAAACAGAAGCGAUCAGUCUCCUGCAAAGGACUCAAACAACUCUGCAGAAUGGUGGGAACUUGAGACUACACAAGUUUAUCUCAUACAGUCCAACUGUUAUGAGUGCAUUUCCAGCGAAAGAUCUGAAUAAGGAGGUAAAGACACUUCAACUAGACAAGGAUGACCUCCCAACCCACAGAAGCUUAGGUCUUCUUUGGGAUUUGAGCACUGAUAACUUCCUGUUUGACACUCAGCUUCGAGAGAGUCAACAUACACGUCGUGGAAUCUUAUCAGUGUUAAAAAGUAUUUAUGACCCUCUUGGUUUCGCUGCUCCAUUCACUAUUCGAGGAAAAGUGUUGAUGAGGGACAUAACCAAAGGAUAUGGAUUGGAUGAUCCGCUUGAAAAUAAUGCUGUGGAAAAGUGGAAGGCUUUCCAGAAGUCUCUUGCUACUCUGCACGAGUUGGCAAUACCGCGGAUGAUUGUACCAUUGUCGUUGAGCCAUGGCACUGAUACAAAGCUUCACGUGUACUGUGAUGCCUCUGAACAAGCUGUAUGUGUGGUAGCUUACCUGAACACACAAGAUGAGAAAGGAAACCAGCAUAUUGGAUUUGCUCUGGGAAAAGCUAAGGUGGCCCCAACUCAUGGGCAUACCAUCCCAAGAUUGGAGCUGUGCGCAGCCGUACUGGGAACAGAAGUGGCACAGACAGUACAGCGAAAUUUGAACAUAGAUUUAAAAUCAACUUGCUAUUACUCAGACAGCAAGGUUGUGUUAGGGUACAUCUACAACAAGACCAAACGUUUCCACAACUACGUCGCCAAUCGAAUACAGAGAAUCCUAGAGGUAUCGGAUAGCGAUCAGUGGCGUUACAUUUCAACAAGCGACAAUCCUGUAGAUUAUGGAACUAGAGGCUUGCUUACAGCAGAGGACAUUUAA